CGCAAAGAGGCGCGCAUGCGCAGAGUGGCGAACUUGCUGACAGAUUCUCAGCAGCGGCAGCGGCGGUGGCCCUGGACUGCGGGGAAUGGGAGUCCUAGAGCCCUGACUGAGCACCGCCCCCGCCUCCCUGCCCCCGACAUGGCUCAGGAGAAGAUGGAACUGGACCUGGAGCUGCCUCCGGGUGCGGGCGGGAGCCCGGCGGAGGGCGGCGGCAGUGGCGGCGGCGGGGGCCUCAGGAGGUCUAACAGCGCCCCCCUGAUCCACGGCCUCAGUGACACUUCGCCGGUGUUCCAGGCCGAGGCGCCGAGCGCCAGGCGGAACAGCACGACGUUCCCGAGCCGCCACGGCCUGCUGCUGCCGGCCUCCCCUGUCCGCAUGCACAGCAGCCGCUUGCACCAGAUUAAACAGGAGGAGGGCAUGGACUUGAUCAACCGAGAGACGGUCCACGAGCGCGAGGUGCAGACCGCAAUGCAGAUAAGCCACUCCUGGGAGGAAAGUUUCAGCCUGAGUGACAACGAUGUGGAGAAAUCCGCCUCCCCAAAGCGCAUCGAUUUCAUUCCGGUGUCACCAGCACCGUCACCCACUCGGGGAAUCGGGAAGCAGUGUUUUUCACCAUCCUUGCAAAGUUUUGUGAGUAGCAAUGGAUUGCCUCCAAGCCCUAUCCCCAGCCCAACUACCCGAUUUACUACCCGGAGAAGCCAGAGUCCCAUCAACUGCAUUAGACCAAGUGUUCUUGGACCAUUGAAAAGAAAAUGUGAAAUGGAAACUGAAUACCAGCCAAAGAGAUUCUUCCAGGGCAUCACCAACAUGCUCUCUUCUGACGUUGCACAGCUGUCAGAUCCUGGCGUGUGUGUGUCUUCGGAUACCCUGGAUGGGAACAGCAGCAGUGCAGGAUCUUCUUGUAACUCACCAGCGAAAGUCAGCACUACCACCGACUCUCCUGUGUCACCUGCCCAAGCGGCCUCUCCCUUUAUUCCAGUAGAUGAACUUUCAUCUAAGUGAUUCGCCCAUCUUGAAACUUUUUUUUUUUUCCUUUUUUGCAGUGGAGAGACAGAGAAUUCACCUUGGAGCAAGCACUGAACUUUGUCGAUUAAUUUGAGGAUAUUUCCCAUUUGACCCUUUUCCUCUUUUUUUUUUUUUUAAUUUUUGAAUUUCCUGAAAUGUUAUUCUAGAGAACUUCUGUCAGGUUCCUGCGGAUACCCUUGAAUUCAGUGUAGUAAUAUUUUCAGACUUUUUCCCAAUAAGUGUGUUGAAGCAUACAUUUUACGCUGCUAAUAUGUCUAAAUACAUAUGUUAUCCCUUGAUUUUUUUAAAUAAUUGAGAGCUCUAUUUAUUUAUGGGAUUAUUAAGUUCUGAUGAAAAUAUGAAUGUUGAAUUAAUCAGUAUAGUAAACUGAUGUUUUAAAAUUCCAUACUUUAUGGCCACACUAAUUUUUAAUGUUAUUUUCAGUGAUCGCUAAUUUCCAUUUGAUGAAGAACAAUAACUUGCCUAUCUACAGCUUUUUAAAAAAAUGUUAUAUCAAUCCAGUGGUUGUCUAUUUUACCCAGGAGUCCUUGGUUAUUUAAUUUUCUAGAUACAGAAGUAAAUGGGAGGGGAAAUGAUUUUUUAAAAAAACCCAAAUAUUGAAGUUUGCAACAAGUGUUUUAAAUUAAGAAUCUUAAUGUAAACAUACUUAGGAAAAAACAUUUUCUAAUGAAAUUUUAAUAGUAAUUCUACUAAGUCAUACAAAUAUCACUACUAUAAAGAAAGUGGAAAUUUUCUUUUUAAAAAUAUUUUUACCAGAAAGUGCAUUGGCACAGUGCCUUGUAAUCUUAGCUUACUGCAUAUAGGCUAAGGCAAGGCUCUUUGUACCACUUAAAACUUAAAAGGUUUUCAAACAUGGUGUGUGGGAUGCCCUGUUGAACUUCAGCAGAGCGCCCAGGCAGACUGCUCUCUCAGUCACUGAUAUACUUUAAAAUAUGCAGGUGUGCCUCAGUUCUGAAAAUUUUUGCCAAUGAGGAGCCAGACCAAUUUUUAGCUGCUUUUCUGCUCUACCCAUCUGUCACCUUCCUGGGUUUCCUUUGCUCAGGAAGGAAACACCUGUUUCUUGCCAACAGGUCCUUCCUUUCCACGUUCCACUAAACUAGGGCACUGUCACAGUUAGACAAAAGUACAGUGUGACUUGGAUUUCUGACAGUGUGAAACAACAGGGCUGUGAAUUGUUUAACCCCUGUGGUUAAAAGCUACAGCUGGAGUUGACUGCUUUGGGGAUGUUGAUUAAUUAAGGGCUGAUGAUUUGCAAGAGAAAUCAAUGGAGAGUCACAUAGGUAAAUUAUUUAACUUAGGUUUUGUUAAAGGUAGAAUUGUGGAAUGCUCUUUGCCUUUUACAAUUAAGAACAGCAAAUAGUUUUUAUAUUACACUUUCUUAUGUUAUCUAUCUUAACAAGAUAGAUGAGAGAUAGAUAGAUUGAUAAGGAUAGAUAGGAAGGGGUGGGGUAAAAAAUAAAAGACUUUUCAGAGACCAAGACAAAAACCCCUCAUUUUUUAAAGUUACUGUCUACAGACUUUAACAAUUAUGUGGAAUUUUUACAACUGUGAGAAUAAAUGGAAUUGGUCAACUCUUGACAGUUGCCUCAAGGUUCAGUGAAAUGACAUCAAGGGUGAGAUUAUGUCCAUAUGUUUAAAUUUUUCUGUUAUGGGGAGUAGUGUUCAUAUGCUUCAGUCCUGACAGUGUUCCUCAACUCAAACCUAUAUAUCCAGUUUCUUGUUGAGUACCUUGAAGUACUUCCAGAGGUACUUUAACCUUAGCAUCUUCAAAACAAAAUGUAUUAUCUUUGUACCUAACAUGUUUUUGCAGUACUUAAAUUGAUGUCAUCACUAUCUAAUUUUCUCAAUUAGGAACUAUGGAAGCAUCUUUGACUUUCCCUUUUCCCUGUCUUUCAUGUCCAGUUUAACCACCAAGUCCUGCCAACUACUAAAAUGAAGUAGUUCUCAACUCUCCCCCUUUCUGUAUCUCUGUUGUCCAUUAGUUAACUUAAGUUCUUGCUCAGGUGAUCUCCCUGCCUGUCUGUUACCUCCCCCUUUGUCUGAUCUUCACAUUGGCUCUGAAAUGGUCUUUCUAAAAUACAAACUUGCUUUUCACUUUCCUACUUGAAAACUUUUUAUAUGCUUCCUCCUUUCCUACAGUUUAGGGAAUGGUUUCUUUAGUCAAAUCUAUAAAGUCCCUUUAUGAUCUGGCCAUAUUCUAAAAUGGCUUCAGUCCUCUCUUCAUUCCGGUCCCAAUACCUGUCCUUCCUUCUUGAUUGGUAAAUACUAGACUAACUUGAUAUUUUUUAAAUAUGCCAUGUACUGUCAUGUGUCUGUGCUUUUCAGUGGGUGCUUCUUCCUAAAAAGUGCUUCCUCCUAAAAAGUGACAUCCUAUCCUGUUCAAUCAGCCAAAUGCUUUUUUUUUAUUGCAUGUGAAUCUAACUAUGAAGGCAAUGUAUACCUACUGACUAUAAAAUAUUUUUAAAUGUGUAAAUAUAUAGUUUUUAAAAGUUUGCCUUUUACUACACAAAAUUCAUUAUCCCUUCCCAUAGGUUACUUCUGUUAAUAAUUUGGCAAUUUGUACAAGAUGUGUUACUCUGCAUUCCAUGUACAUGUGUAUAUAAAUACAGGAAAACAACAUGACAGUGAUAUCUUCCUUUCCUUCUCAUAUCUAGUUACUCACCAAAUCUUAGAAAUUCUGUCUUCUAGAAUCUGUCUUCUUACUUAUGUAUCUACUGCCACCCUGACCCAGGCUAUCAUCAUUUCCUCUUCAGACUUGAGGCUCCCACAUGUGCCCAUCACACCCACUCUGGUCACUACCUAUUCAUUCUCUCUAAGGCAACUAGUUAUCCUUUUAACAUUUAUUUGUUUCUGUUGUUCUCUCAAAUAUACCAAAAUGUAUUAAUUCUGACCUGGAGGUCCUGAGGGAUCUGGUCUUUGUCUCUUCCUCUCUUUGUUUUCUAUGCUCUAUCCUUAUUGGCUAGCUAGCUUUUCUUUAAAUACUUCAAUGUUUUCUACUGUUUUAGGUCCUUUUACCAGAUCCUUUCCCCUGAAGGUAUAGGAAUUUUUAUUUCUAUAAGCUUAUUCUUUAGAUGGUAAGUUUUAAAUUAGCUAUGGCUUUUAAGAGUUGGUAUGGACAAUUUACAUUACCAUAGUAUCGUUCACAACUUCAAUCAUUACCCGUUAGCUCAUGCAAUUAUCCUUCAAAAAACAUUUUUAAGGUAUUAGUAUUGCUAAUCUAUAAACUUUGAGCAAGAAGUCCUAAAGCAAUUAACAACAUUUGAAGUACAGUUUGUCAUAUAUAAUAAACUUCUGUGAUAUAUUUUUCUUUAUUAUGUUUGUUAAAAAAAAACGGUAUAAAUGGGAAAAGUAAUUAAUGGUUACCAAUCAAGCCUGCUGAAUGUCAAAACCGUUAAGUAUGCUUAAAAGAUUGGUUGUAAUUGAGAAUAAUCUUAUUAGGUUACCUAACAGUGAUUCACAUUGAUUAGUUCAGCCCAUUGCAUACCCUCAGGAAGAGACCCCUUUGAGAUACUUGGCAGUAGAAUGGGCAGAGAGUCAAGACUUAAAGAGGAGAUGAGCCUGAGAAAUUUUUUUCCUCUGAGUAUGUUUAUGGAUUGCUAGAAAAAGUCUGAAGAUUGAGGAUAGGUGGGAGAUGGGAAUAGUUGCCAGACAACAAGGCAAAGGAAAACAAUACUAACCUAUAAUUCCUGAGUAGUGUCAGAUAAUAGAAGAGUUGACCUUGGUAAGAAACAACAGAAAUGUUUUUUGUUGUUCUAAAGCAGGAAAAUGAAAAGAGUAGGCAAAGACAUCAGCAAAUGUUGAAUUGAUUUGCUUUUGUGGUUUAGGGGUACAGAGAAAGAUAUACAGAAGGUAUCUGGUUGCUUCUGUUUUGCUGGUUAUUGAGGAAUUUAGAAUAUUUGGGGAUGGGUACAAGAGUAGAUUAAGAAGCUUGAAUGAAAUGCAGGCUUGCUGUUGCUCUGAGAUUCUGUAAAGGAGUGACUUAGGGUAAAUGGAAGGUUUAUCAGACUACAUUGGAUGCCACCUUGCAUUUGGAUAGGAAGUCUGUUGAAUUAACUAGGUUUUUCAAAUUAUUUAAAUGAGUACUAGUUGAAGUCUGGUGUGUGAAGCAAUUAAGGGUUCUACUGAAAGUGUAGGGUGAAGCAUUGGCCAAGGCAUUGAAGAUGGUCAGAGGGAGAUGGACCUGGCCGCUUUUUAAAGGUCUAGCCUUGUAAUCAGCCAUUCCGAAUUACAGGGAGAAUCUGGUCUCCCUGUAGCCAGUAGUUCUGUCCAUAUUUUUCAUGACUGAUUUUGUUUAGCUAGAGAAGCAUCCCUAAAGGCCAAUCUUGAGUUCUACUUAUUUGAUAGAAAUUAGUGUCACAUUGCCCACAACAGCCGAAACAGAGUGGAUUGACACCAAAGUAAAUUUUUUUUCUUAAAAAUUAAAAUAGUCUUUAUAUAGAAAUACUUGCUAUCAGGCAUUGAAUUCUGAACUAAACACAUAUGUUAAUAGCGCAUUUAUUUUUAUCACUAUCACCUGAGGUAAGCGCUGUUGAUAUCUUCAUUUUGUAAAUGAGGAAAUGGAGAUACAGUGAUUAACAUGCCCAGGGUCCCACAUUGGAAGGUAGGCAGUGUACUGUAGUGCUUAAGAACAGACCGUGGAGCCAGGUGGCUGUGGUGAUAAAACGGUUCAAUACAUGUAAUGCGCUUAUGACCGUGCUGAGCAGUUUCAUCGUUAUUGUGGUGGUGGUAGUGAUUAUUAUUGUCAUUUAGCUUGGACUUGUUAAGGAAUCUGUUCUGGGUCAUCCUUGACUGAUGAAAUUCCUACUUUUUACUCAGUAAUAGGAUACCCUUUGUCCUUCAAGGCUGGCCUGGGGCUCUCUGUGGGAUUGCAGGCAUGUACCACCAUGCCCGGCUAGGGUGAUUAUUAUUGAUGUUAGAAAAUCUCUCUUAUACUGAGCAUGUAUUUCCCUCUUACCUUCCACUAUUGGACUCAAGUCCAGCUCACUGGAAAAUUCAGAACAAGUCUUAUUAUUCUUUUUUUUUUUUUAAAGGUAUUACUCUCCCUUUAUAAAUCAGAAACACUGAUCCUUCUCUGAUGACUGCUUCUUGCUUCUGGACUUUAGAAACC